AUGAAGAAACGGUCUCCCGGUCCGGGUACGGAGGCCAAUCCUAUAGUGGUUGAGGAUGAUGCUGCUUCAGUGGGCUCGGCUACCAUUUCCACUGUGACUCUCGUCGAAGGAGCUUGGUCCCAGAGGACAGACUGUUCUGAUGUAGACACCGAGAGAAUGACCUUGCGGGAAUCCGGGACGGAAUUCUGUAUGACUCUUGCACACGAAGAUGUUGAAGCGCACACGGCCGAGACAUUCUCGACAAUCGAACCGCUAGCCUAUGAACACACAGAAAGCCAGCAAAAUCAUCUCAGCUAUCUUCAGGAAAUUUACUUGGGCACAGAAGAAGUGCUUGAAGAUGGCCCUAAUCCACUAUCCUCUGGUUCAAAUAAAUGCGAUUCUCAAGUUGACGAGGCUAGGUCAGGCAUUCCCGAUGCCGACACCGAGGUCAUAACCUCGUCGGAAUUUUGGGCGAAUGUGGCACACGAGAACGCAGACUUGGCAGUCUCGACAAUUGGACCGCCAGCAUUUGACAAUAGAAUGCUUAGAGUUGAGGUACUAACGCGACCACCGAAACGCAAGUUAUCACUUGAAGACGCCACUUCUAAGCCCAGACGGUCGAAGCGUCUGGACUAA